AUGUCCUCCGCCGCAUCUCCCCGAUUCUGGGCCGGGCCCAUUCGCUACUGCCGCUGGGCAUCCCGCGAGAAGCCAGCCUACUUCUGGUCCGUCGUCCUCGGCGCCCUCGGUCCCAUCCAGCUGGCCGUCGUCCCUCCCGUCAGAAACUUCAUUGGCGACUACAACGCGCCCCCCAUCCCCGUCACAUACCCUGGUGAGUCUCGAGAAAACGAAAACACCGCGAAACCGAUAGGGCUGGCUUCCCUCCCUCUUCGCGGAGAACAUGGAAAGGAAACAGACGCAAUGCUAACGACGCUGGAUGUUACACAGUUCCCGCAGGACCUAGAAAGCAGCUGA